UAUGCACAAAAUUUCUAAGAUAAUUGUGAAAAGACACCCCAGCAUUAGUAAAACGGUCAAUUUGUUUCGUUGGAUUCUCAAAUCGUCGUUAUCCACCCCCGUCUUCCUCGUUCACUCUCUGAAGUCUGAUCCAUUGUUAGUUUCUCUCUUUCCAGCCUCGUUUCAAUCACACCCUCGACAUGGCCUCCAGUAGCCAGAAUGGAAUUCAACUCUUGCUAGCUGCAGAACAAGAGGCUCAGCACAUUGUCAAUGCUGCUAGAACUGCAAAACAAGCCAGACUUAAACAGGCAAAAGAGGAGGCCGAGAAGGAAAUUGCUGAAUUUCGUGCUCAAAUGGAGGCUGAAUAUCAAAGGAAGGUGGCCGAGAGCAGUGGAGACUCAGGUGCUAAUGUGAAACGCCUUGAAGAAGAAACGGAUGGAAAGAUCCAUCACCUGAAGGCAGAAGCUUCCAGAAUCUCCCCUGAUGUCGUCUCCAUGCUUCUGAGGCAUGUGACUACAGUAAAGAACUAAGGUCUUGGUUGAGCUGCGACUACGCUUUCUGGUGCCAGCCUUAUCUGAUCAGGUGGAAUAUGUGUGUUGGUUCGAUUCGUCAUUUGCUAUAGUUUUAUUCGGCGUUUUGCUCAGAUUGCUUCCUUAUUAUCAAAUAAAGCCACGAAGUGUUAGUGUUUGUUUUUGGGGAGGAGAGAGACUUUGAGAGACUUUUAUUGAGUGAUAGUUGUAUCUAUAUUUCAGCAGUGUAUCACUAAUUCAAUAUAUCUUUGUUGUUGAGAAUCAACUAUGUAACUCAACUUGACUCCCUUCCCCAUGAGGCAUUUCCAACUUUGUUGUUGAGAA